AUGAGGGGGAGCAGUGUGGAGAGGGAACAGUGUGGGGGGGGUAGUGUGGAGAGGGAACAGUGUGGGGGAGCAGUGUGGGAGGGAGCAGUAUGGGAGGGGGGAGGCAGUGUGGGAGAGGGAACAGUGUGGGAGGGGGAACAGUGUGGGAGGGGGAACAGUGUGGGAGGGGGAAGGGUGGGAGGGGGAACAGUGUGGGAGGGGGAACAGUGUGGGAGGGGGAGCAGUGUGGGAGGGGGGAGCAGUGUGGGAGGGAGAGGCAGUGUGGGAGGGGGAGCAGUGUGGGAGGGGGAGCAGUGUGGGAGAGGGAGCAGUGUGGGAGGGGGAGCAGUGUGGGAGAGGGAACAGUGUGGAGGGGCAGUGUGGGAGGGGGAACAGUGUGGGAGGGGGAAUAGUGUGGGAGGGAACAGUGUGGGAGGGGAACAGUGUGGGAGGGGGAGCAGUGUGGGGGGGGAGCAGUGUGGGAGAGGGAGCAGUGUGGAGGGGCAGUGUGGGAGGGGAAACAAUGUGGGGAGGGGGAGCAGUGUGGGAGGGGGAAUAGUGUGGGAGGGAGCAGUGUGGGAGGGGAGCAGUGUGGGAGGGGGAACAGUGUGGGAGGGGGAACAGUGUGGGAGGGGGAAUAGUGUGCGGGGGAGCAGUGUGGGGGGGGAGCAGUGUGGGAGGGGGAACAGUGUGGGAGGGGAGCAGUGUGGGAGGGGAGCAGUGUGGGGAGCAGUGUGGGAGGGGGAACAGUGUGGGAGGGGGAGCAGUGUGGAGGGAGCAGUGUGGGGGGAACAGUGUGGGAGGGGGAGCAGUGUGGGGGGGAGCAGUGUGGGAGGGGGAACAGUGUGGGAGGGGAAACAGUGUGGGGGGAGCAGUGUGGGAGGGGAACAGUGUGCGGGGGAGCAGUGUGGGAGGGGGAGCAGUGUGGGAGGGGGAACAGUGUGCGGGAGCAGUGUGGGAGGGGGAGCAUGUGGAGGGGGAACAGUGGGAGGGGGAACAGUGUGGGAGGGGGACCAGUGGGAGGGGGAGCAGGUGGGAGAGGAGCAGUGUGGAGGGGCAGUGUGGAAGGGGAAACAAUGGGAGGGGAGCAGUGGAGGGAACAGUGUGGGAGGGGAGCAGUGUGAGGGGAGCAGUGUGGAGGGGAACAGUGUGGAGGGGAACAGUGUGGGAGGGGGAAUAGUGUGCGGGGGAGCAGUGUGGGAGGGGGAGCAGGUGGGAGGGGGAACAGUGUGGGAGGGGGAGCAGUAUGGGAGGGGAGCAGUGUGGGGGGGAGCAGUGUGGGAGGGGGAACAGUGUGGGAGGGGGAGCAGUGUGGGAGGGAGCAGUGUGGGAGGGGGAACAGUGUGGGAGGAGCAGUGUGGGGAGGAGCAGUGUGGAGGGGAACAGUGUGGGAGGGGAAGCAGUGUGGGGGAGCAGUGUAGGAGGAGAACAGUGUGCGGGGGAGCAGUGUGGGAGGAGCAGUGUGGGGAGGGAACAGUGUGGGGGAGCAGGUGGGAGGGGAGCAGUGUGGGAGGAACAGUGUGGGGGAACAGUGUGGAGGGGAGCAGUGUGGGAGGAGCAGUGUGGGAGGGGAACAGU